AUGGGUGCAGCCUCGCAAGGAUUUGCUCUAGUCACCCCCGCCUCACGAGGCAUAGGCUUCGCGUUCGCACAGCAGCUCUUGGCACGAACGACCCUCCCCGUCGUGGCCACAGCGCGCAAGAAUUGUGACCAAGUUCGAGACCAGCUCCUCUCAACCAAGGGAUUACACUCGAGCGCAGAAAAAAGGCUACACAUACUGAAGGUAGAUGUGAAAGAUGAAUCCACCAUUUCGUCCAUGGCAGAGACGAUACGACGGGAGUUACCAGAUACACCACUCCGUCUCGCCCUGACAGUACCUGGUGUAUUGCACGUUGAGAAAUCACCAUCUCAAAUUGACGCAGCGAAUGCGCUGGACAGUUUCCAAGUUAACGCUCUUGGUCCACUAUUACUCAUGAAACAUCUUGCGCCAUUCCUUCCCACUAAAUCAUCGGCUGCAUUUCCAGUCUCGGGGGCCAAUUCAGACGGGUUGCUAAAACUCCCAUCACACGCAAUUUAUGCCAUGAUGGCGGCGCGCGUCGGCUCAAUAUCUGAUAAUAACUCCGGCGGAUGGUAUUCCUACCGCGCGAGUAAAGCGGGUGUGUAUCAGAUUGUGAAGACUUUUGAUUUGUAUUUGAGGAGUAGAUGUGCGGAGAGGGCCCUUACUGUGGCCUUGCAUCCUGGGACUGUGAAGACUGAUUUUACGAAGGAGUUUUGGAAGGGGAGGGAAAUGCUUGAGCCAGCUGAUUCAGCGGAGAGGUUGUUGAAGUUUCUGGUGGAGAUGGAACCAGGAGUCAAAGGUGGGAGGGGACGAUGCUGGGAUUGGAAGGGAGAGGAAGUUAUUCCUUGA